AUGCCGCCGCGUAAAUCCAUCUCGAGGGCUCGACCCUCACGCGCCGUGGAUGAACCUGUCGAGGCCCCCCGAAGCACCGAUGCUGUCGAGCCUUCGUCGAGCAGCCAUGCCCAACAACAAUCGCAGCCACAGCCGACCGCGUCCACCUCAAAAGUCACGCUCGAUAUGCCGCCCAUUGAUGUGCCAGAGGACAUUGUCUGGGAGUACGAAGCGGCACCAAAGGAGCCUCAAGUGUUGACAGAGGAGGAUAAGGAGCGGAUAGUGCACGAGCUCAUGAACUUUUCCCCGUUCAACAUUCUCCACGACAUCUCGGAACACGCUCGCGGCCUGAUCUAUCCGACUGUCGCGUCCGUCGAGGGCUGGGCGCGCGCGAUGGCCGGCGGGAGGGAGGAACACGACCGUGAAGUCGACACGGGAUCGCACGCCCUGGAGACAUUACUUGAGAGCUACGUCGACCGCGCGUUUGACAUUUUCACCGCGUACGCACUGAGGAACGUAUUCAAGGUGCCGGCGGGCGUCGAGCCAGUCAUGCCAUGGCACUCUGGCAUCGACUUUGACCGGGCCAAAUUCGUCACCACGUUACCGGGCGGCGAAGCCACCCUCGCGGACCGCCUCACCUCCCUGCGCGACCAGGUCGAGCAGGCGCGUCUCGUGCGGCACCGCCUGGCCCUCGCCGAGGCCGAGCUCGACCGCCGACUGGAGAUCGCAGCGCACCGCCGCGCCGAGGUGGGAUUCGUGCAUGACGGCGUCCAGGCGGCCGGGCUCGCUCCCUUGCCUACAAACGCGCAGGCCAUGACUGCGGCUCUGAUGGGGCUGCACGACAGGAUCAAGGACGUCGAUGUGCCCAUGGGUGUUGGCGUUGGAGCAGCGGCGGCUGUGAGCGGUGGUGGGGUGGGAGGUGGCGACGGAACGGGAGGCAAGUGGGAGGCAGGCCGCCAGGCGUACCUCUCCUGGGCGGUGGACAAGGCGCUGGCAAAGGGCGUAGGGGACGGUGCGCUCGAUGGGGCCGAGCGCGCGGCCAAGGCGGUGGGCAGUGUCGGCGACAUGGACGCGCUUGCGCGGGUUGUACAGUAA